AGACAUUGAACAUGAAAAAUCGGAGUGUGGAGCAUGGCCAUUGUGCAGAAAGCUUUGGAACCCGUCCGGGACUGGCGGCAGUACCGAGCAUGGAUGGCUUUACAACCUCCCAAACCCAAGCCGGAAGGUGAGAGCUAUGGAUACAGAAGCACGUUGGGCAUAGUAGGUUGGUCUUGCAUUGAUCCCGAUGAUUAUCUUCCGCCAGCUUCACCAUCCCUGCAUGAGUCGGCCCUGUACCAAAAGCCUGUCUCUCUGAAGAUCCCAGCUUUAGAUGAGACACGUGCCAAGUGGGAGCGCGACAGAAGCUAUCAAGCCUCCAAGUAUGGAGGAUCUUUGCAAGCCAGCGUCGAACGAGCUCGCUUUGCGGUGGAGAUGCCGGAGAGCCCUCAGCACCGCAAGUUCUGCUACGACUUCCAACCGGACGUCAGCAAAAGUGAAAUGGCCAUGCAACUUGCGAAGGAAGCGGAAGAAGCACAGGAGGAAGAGAGAAAAAUUGCGAGGCGCAACUCUUUGCAAAGGAUCAAGGGUGAUUUAGGAGGACUAAGUCCCCUACUGGAGGAAAACCUGGACCCUUCGCGGCGGUAUCGCUUGGUGGAAAAGCUGUUGAGCAAGAACAGAUUUCCAGAAGAUACACUGCAAAAGAUCUGGGAAGAGCUUGAGCAGGGACCUGCAGCAAUAUCAUCCAGAGCUAUCGCCUUGAAGCUGAUGCUAAAGGUCAAAGCUGCGGCUAACUUUCCCGCAAGUAUGGAAGCCAACAUCUUCAAUUUCUUGAGGAGCAAACACAAGGAGUUUGUCAAGGAGAGGCCGGAGCUUCCGGUGAACCAGGAUGGUUUCAUCCAGUUCUGCCGCACAAGCGGCUUGUUGCUUGAGUGAGCCAUUGCUCAAGUCACGAGAGGUUCAGCUUUUGGGCAAUUUUGCAUCAGUUUCUGUGGAGUUGCGAAGGACUUGGAGGCCGAAAUCUUAGGAAACCUUGCCAUGUGCUUCCAGGUACGACAAGGAUGGGGAAUUCUUACCCGUAAGGCCAACACCAAGGAUUGAGCCAAAGGAGCCCCCAGACGACGGGCCUUACGGCUUUGGCUUUUGAAGAUUUUCGGGCCUCUGCCAGCGGUGCAGUGGGGCCCUGAUGCUGUCCUUUUUUACGAAUCGACCCUAGGUCUCCAGGCCGAAAACUAUGCUUUUGCAUGGCCAAAAAGUAGUCGCUACUGAGUAGCUUCCUGAUGCCAUCCUUCAAAGAAGGUCUUGUGAGCAUCAAAAAAUACGGUAAGACGAACCACGUCCUCAGCAUGUGGGGCUGAGGCUUUCGGAGGAAUUCUCAAAA